AUGUUCAUGACGGGCGUGUACCAGGAGGUGAUGGGGUCCGUCCACAACAUGUUUGGCUCCCUCAACACAGUGGUGGUGCGCACCACGACCGACGACGAGGAGCAGGGUGCGCCCGACGCCCCGGGGUCGCCGCCCGCGGCCCCGGGCCCCGUCUCCCCUGGGUCGCCCCAGAGCCCGCCUGCCCAGUUUGGCCGCGCGCUGGUGGCGCAGCCGUCGGUGCUGACGGACUACAACGGGGCGGCGCAGGGCGUGGGGCGCGGGUUCAAGGUGGAACACGUGGUCAGGGGCGAGAGCGUGGCCGAGGUGCUGUCCCGCGCCCACCACCACAAAAACGCAAUGCUGGACGCCGUCAAGAGCGCGGCGGACGCCGCGGCGGCCGAGGGCAGGCUGGCGCCUGAGGCGGCGGCGCGGCUGGUGGACAACUACGCGCAGCGGCUGAUGGGGUACACGGCGGAGGAGGCGGGCCUUUCCGGGGCGGGCCUGCUCCGCCGCCGCCUGCGCUGCGCGCGCCGCGGCCCCCUCCUCGCCUACAUGGAGGCCGCCUGA